AUGACGACGAUGGAGUGUGCAGUAACCAAUGGUGCUUCUAAGCUGAGCUCUGAUGACCGCGCGGUGCUAGCUCUUCGAAAUCUAUUGUUUGAUAUCUGCGCGCAAAAUGGAGGGGGCCAUGGAGGUUCUGCCAUUGGCAUGGCUGCCAUCGGAGUGGCUAUAUACAAGUAUGCGAUGCGAUAUAAUCCGUCAAACCCCGACUGGUUUGAUCGGGAUCGGUUCGUUCUAUCCAACGGCCAUGCUGCAAUGUUCUUAUAUGCCCUGAACCACCUGACUGGGUUUGACGCAUGGUCAAUGGACGAGAUCAAAGGAUACGGAAGCCCAAAGCUCAAUGGUUUUACAACUCUGGCGCAUGCCCACCCAGAGCGUGAGGAUCCUGGCAUUGAAGUCACGACAGGGCCGCUGGGUCAAGGCAUUGCUAAUGCCGUUGGUCUUGCCAUCGCGUCUAAGAAUCUUGCUGCCCGCUACAACCGUGGGGGGCAGGAAUUAGUUCAAUCUCGUAUUUACUGUAUUUCAGGCGAUGGCUGCCUGAUGGAAGGGGUCGCUCUUGAGGCUAUUUCUCUAGCAGGAAGCUUGAAACUCGACAAUCUCGUCUUGCUCUACGACAACAACCAAAUUACCUGUGACGGGCCCCUUGACUGGAUCAACACGGAAGAUGUGAACACAAAGAUGAGAGCAUCGGGCUGGCACGUGCUCGAAAUCCCUGACGGGAGUUACGAUGUGCAAAGUGUUGUUUCGGCCCUCAACAUGGCUAAAAACAUCAAGGACAGGCCGACAUUUAUCAAUAUCCGAACAGUAAUUGGCCUCGGUACUCAGAUUGCAGGCAGUCACAAGGCUCACCAUGGGGCAUUUGACAAGGAAAGUGUUCGGAGGUCAAAGAUCUUGGCUGGUCAAGACCCGGAUGUGACGCAUGAGGUGCCUAACGAUGUCCUGGCCUACUUUCGCGAGCGAAAGGUACAUGGAGAACAACUUGAAAGGAAGUGGAACGCUUUAUUGGGUUCCUAUGCAAAGAGCUUCCCAGACUUAGCCAUUGACUUUGCAAGGACACGUGCUGGUGAUUAUGGCUCUCAAUGGAAAGAGAUUCUGGACAAUCUGGACAGCCAGCAGUUCCACGGCCAAGCAACACGGGACGCCAACGGCACCAUCUUAUCAAAACUCUGGGAGGCGUACGGAGGAUUGGUAGGGGGCGGGGCGGAUCUUAUUAACUCUAAUAAGGUGGCCUAUUCAGACUCCGAUGUCUUCCACCCAAGCGUCAGUUACAAAGGGCGAUAUAUUCGUUAUGGCAUCCGGGAGCACGCCAUGGCAUCGAUAUCUAACGGUAUUGCUGCUUAUAACCCCGGCACAUUUCUUCCAAUCACGGCUACUUUCUUGAUUUUCUUUCUUUACGCUGCGCCUGGGGUUCGAAUGGGAGCCUUGAGCCAACUUCCUACAAUACACAUUGCAACUCAUGACUCCUUUGCCGAAGGACAAAACGGACCAACUCACCAGCCUGUCGAGGUGGAUUCACUGUACCGUUCUAUGCCCAACUUGACAUUUAUCCGACCCUGUGACGGCGAGGAGGUCAUUGGGGCUUGGCUGCUUGCCAUGGCUAAAAAAGAUGGCCCAACUAUGUUGUCGCUAGGCCGAGACCCUACAACCACGGUAGUGGGGACUGAUCGCUUCAGCGUCGCUAAAGGUGCAUAUAUCGUCAAGGACGAGAAAGACCCGAAGCUUACGCUGGCUAGCUGUGGCACUAAUCUUCACUACGCGGUCAGAGCUGCUGAGUCUCUGACGGCGUCUGGCAUACCUACAAGAGUCAUCAGCUGUCCCAGCUUUGAACACUUUGAUAGACAGGACGAGGCAUACAAGAAGAGUAUCUUUCCUCGAGAUGGCACGCCGAUUGUGAGCGUGGAGGAGUAUGUGGCGUCCACAUGGGCCAAGUACGUCACGGCAAGUGCUGGUAUGACAGGUUACGGCUACUCGGCAUCUAACGCCAGCAACUAUGAUCGAUUCGGCCUUGAUGAGAAGGGCAUUGAGAGUCGAGUGCGUGCCUAUUUGAAGAGUCUGAAUGGCGAAAAUGCUCGCACUGAUGGAUGGAGGCAAAUCUAG